AGAGCAUGUAUCAUACUCCAUAAUAUGAUAGUAGAAGACGAACGAGAUGAAUACACUCAAUUUGAUGUUUCAGAAUUCCAACAAAGAGAAGGCAACAGAAGUUCACAUGUGGAUCUCACGUAUUCAACAGAUAUCCCUACAAAUAUCGCCAAUAUGAUGGGUGUUCGAACUAGAAUUCCUGAUAGACAAGUGCAUCAACAACUGAAAGUUGAUUUGGUUGAACAUAUGCGGUCUAAAUUUGGACGUGAUCAAGACAACAACUGAGCUUCGAAGCCUCUUUUAAAUUAUUAUCGUUUAUUUUAAUAAUUUUUGUUUUUAUGUUUUUAUUUUAAAAUAUAUAUUUAAAAUGUUAUCUUUGACUAUAUUUUAUGUAAUAAAUAAAUUUUAGCUUCAAUAAAACAAUGUUUAAUAAUUGUUUUUAAGAACCCUUAACUUAAGAAACUACUAUUGGAGGACUAAAAUUAGGUGUUUCUUAACGUAAACUCUUAACUUAAUUUUAAUACUAAAAUAUUGACUAAUAAACCCACUUAGGGGUUAUUACAAUAAACAUGCUCUUAGCUAUUAGUACUCUUCUUUGACCUCAUCACUUGAUAGUUGGAGGUUAUGUCUUGUGUUUUUGCAGAAAUGGAUUUGCCUUCGACAUCGUAUCCAGAAGCCCUUGGAUUGAAGUGGAACUCUAAUGAUGUUGGAUGGGAAUAUGGGUUUCUUUCUGACCCUAAAAACCCAGAUAGAGUUAAAUGCAAGCUGUGUGGGAAAGAAAUGGGAGGAGGUGUGUACAUGAUUAAGGAGCAUAUUGCUCACCGUAAGGGUAACGUUACCUCAUGUCCAAGGUCCUCAAAGGAAUAUCAGUCCAAGUGUAUGAAAGCUGUCUUGGAAUCAUCUAACAAGAAAAGGAAAAUGAAAAACAAAGUGGACGUGCUUAGCUUGCAUGUGGGUGUUAAUGUGCAGAACAUAGAGGCUGUGUAUGAAGGGAUUCUUGUCAGGUCGAAACAUCGUAUAGCUCAAGGUCCAAUGGAUAAGUUUUUAACCGCUGUUACUCCUCCGGAGGUUUCUUCAGGUGGACAAGAAAAUAGCAAUGACACGCAUGUAGUGAGUCAGUUAUGUGCUAGAUGGAUAUAUCAGUCUGGUCUACCUUUUAACGCCAUUGACAGUGAUUCUUUUAGGUCGUUUUGUGAAGCUUUAGGACGAUUGGGACCUGGUUGGGUUCCUCCAAGCCAGUGUGAACUGAGGGAAACAUUGUUGACAGAAGAAGAAAAAAUAGUUAAGGAGAAACUGAAGAGUCUAGAGAUAGAACGGGAACGGAAUGGUUGCUCUAUACUGAUGGAUACAUUGAGUGACACAAAGAAGAACAUAAUGAAUCUGUGUGUGAAUUCAAGAGGAGGGACAUUCUAUCUUUCUUCAAAAGAAUCUCAGACCGGUACAUCUAUCUUUGAGUACGUAGAUAAAUGCAUAGAGGACGUUGGUCCUGAGAAGGUUGUUCAGGUUAUAACGAACAGUGCGGACUACAACUUAGCGGCAGCAAAGAUGUUGAAAGAGAAGAGACCAUGCAUAUUCUGGUCAUCAUUCGCUGCUCACACAGUUAAUUUGAUGUUUGAAGACAUUGUUAAGUUGCCAAAUAUCUCAAACUCCAUUGAUAAAGCCAAAGCUUUGACACUGUUAAUAUACGCUCAUGAGAAAACGUUAGCUAUGAUGAGACAUCACACAAAGGAAAAGGAUAUCGUGAGAUCUAGAGUCACAAGAUUUGCUACGACCUUCUUGACUUUGCAAAGCUUGUUGGAGAACAAACAACAACUAAAGUCAAUAGUUAUAAGCGAUACAUGAGAUAGAUGCAAGGAUUCCAGUUAUAUGAAAGGUAGAAUUUCUUACUACACCUGCUGCGUCCUGCGUUUUGGAACAGAGUCUCGCGAGUUGUGAACGUUUUGGAGCCUUUGGUCAAAGUUCUCAAGAUGGUUGAUG